ACCAGCCUCGACUGGAGUCGUGCCGCCGCGCGCCGCCAUCGUCGUCAGCGCCGCACGCACGUAAAAGUACGUACCAAGCCACCAACCAAACCAACCCGAGGACGGAUCCCCACCACCGUGCUUUGAAUACGAGAGACCCCUCCACCUCCACACUCGCCGCCGGCCGGCCGGCCGGCGGCGUACCAUGUUUUACGGCAGGGGCGGUUCGGGACGCCGCGGCGGACGACACCAUGCCCCCGGACGACGACCUCGGCGGCGUGCCGUGCGACUACUGCGCCGCGCAGCGCGCGCUGCUCCUCUGCGCGCAGCACGGCGCGCGCCUGUGCCUGCUCUGCGACGUCCCCGUGCACGCCGCCACCGCGGGCGCCCACGAGCGCGUCCCGCUCUGCGAGGGAUGCCACGCCGCGCCCGCCGCCGCGCGCUGCGCCGUCCACCGGGCCUUCCUCUGCGCGCACUGCGCGCGUGCCGCCGGGUGCGACGCCGAGGGCCACGCUUGGAGCCCGACGCUCUCCUACACCGGGUUCCCGGAACCCGACGACGUCGCGCGCGUCCUCUACAUUGACGCCCCGCCUCAGGUGCCGGUGCCGCCCACACCUGCUCUCGAGGAGCCUCCGCAAACGUGGGUCCCGGACCUAGUCAGCGUCGAACUGAAGGCGGCAGAUUUGCCCGGAAGUAGCAGCAGAUCUUGCGACGAACAAAGUGCUAUGGUGAAGAAGAAUGAGGCGGUGGCCGGCGACGGGGCAGCAGCGGCGGUGGCCUUACCGACCGGCGGCGAAGGAGAUGCUGCUGGUCUCUUGGCACAAGACUACUCCGAUUGGUACAACAACCUCCCCGAAGAACCAGCUGGUGCUGGUGGGCUCAUGGACGACUUCAACUUCAUGGACGAAUGGAGCUUGACCGUGCCCUUGGCAAACUCCCUCAUUGACGAGCCAGAGGCGGCGUGGUGGUCGUCGUCGUCGGGUUAUGAUGCUGAUCCUCAGCCGUUAAACCCAUCAUCAGCAUCAUAUUCUUCAGAAACCGUAACCCAAUCUUCUGCUGACCAUGCUUUGGAAUAUCUUACCGGCAACAAUGCAGCUUUCAGGCUCAGCAAUUCAGUGAUGAGCACUGCUGCAAACACGAGCACCAGCAUGACGCCAUACCUGGAUCUGCCUACUCCUGUUCACCAGCAACUUCCUCUUCAACAAGGCAAGACACCAAACCGGGAUUGGCUUCUUCCUCCUCACCAACUUCCUCCUCAAUGCAAAUUCUUCAACAGUGGCUUGCCGAUGUGGUCGCCAGACGAGUUCCCAAGCAGGCACUUGGGUACUGAUGAGCAAUUGACGCCGCCAGCACCCGGCAGCACGACGGUCCUCCACCAAGACCAGGACGCGCCUCUGCAGCAGCAGGCGGCAUCCUCGGUGCCGGUGCAAGGAUCAAGCCAAGACAUGGAGGCAAGAACCAAGCUGCUGGAGAAGAGGGAGCAGGCUAAGCAGAGGUACAAGGACAAGAGGAAGAACAGGAGGUUUGGCAAGCAGAUCAUGUAUGUAUCCCGGAAGGUACGAGCAGACACAAGAAACCGAGUCAAAGGCAGAUUUGCAAAGGCGUCUACUAGCGGCAGUGGCGGCCAUGGCGAUGGAAAGGGCGAUGAUCACCCUACACAUUCCUAGCAAGCUAUGUUCCGGUCUUCAGUUUGCUUGGUGCAUUCAUAUGCAGUGUAUCCAGUCAAUUCUUUUUACCCCAGUGAGAUAAUAACUGUAGAUGAGAGUUUCUUUUUUUUUCAAGCGGCAUUUUUUUGUAUCAGUUUAAAAAUCUUGCAUUUUGACUGGAUUAGCCCCUUGGGCAAUAUUCUUUCAAUUUUGUUUUUGCCAGGAUUAUUCAUAACAGUGCAACAUCUUUUUAUUGAGGAUGAUGGAAACAGAAAGCAUGUUUUUUUUUGCCAAUUCUUAUAUAUUUUUUGAAGGAACAUGAGUGGUCGAAACCCCUACUGAGAAACCAAUUUUCUCAUGUUUGAGCCGAACUAUGGCAGGUUGUCCUGGCCUCAUCUUUUAUACAGAGUAUAAAUUGUUCGCUGAUUCUCCUAGAUCUCGAAAAAAACAAAGAAAAUUUUGUAUAUGUAUUUCUGACUCCGCCAAUGCAUGCAUCCCAAAACUUUGGGAGUGAGUACACAUAUUUUGGUUGAUUUUGUCUCAAUUUAUCAAUCAGUUUUGUGUCCAAUCAUUUCAUGACACGUACAUUUUGAAACCAGAUCAGAAUCUGGUAG